CAGGACCAGCAACUACAACCCAAGCUCCUCUUUUUCCCAAAAGAAAAUAGCGGUCAUAAUUAUACCAAAAAAAAAAAAUGUCGGUAUGCGAUGAAUACUAUGAGUGGAAAUGGAAUGCAAUCAACCUAAGGAAAAACUACAACCUGUCUUGCUCCAACGACAAUUAUUUGAGUCAGCAGGACUCCUGCAAUACCUACAAUGAAAUCAGUGAUGCCUGCUGCUUCGACCACGGAGUAAAUAAGCAAUAUGCAUCACCAAUGCCAUGGAUCGGCAUCUAUGUUGCAGCAGCAUCUCUAGUGUGCUCCCUCACAAUGGCUGCUAACGUCUUCCACGGGUUUAGCCACAGAAAACUGUGGUUUCCAUGCAGAUUUUUCACUCUCAAUGCUGCUUACCUGACAUUAUUAGGUGUAGCAAUGAAGCUGCCAGUGGAUCUAAGUGCUGGGAUGCCAACCCCUGUAGAUCAGCUGGCGAAACUUACCAGCACCACCUUCAUGUGUACAGUUAUAGGCGAGGAGGAACUACCCUUGCAGAUUAUGAAGAACAACUGGGAUGCUACUGAUCAUUUUAUUCAGAAGGGUGAAAAGCGGCGGCCAAAAUUUUUGAAAGAGCUUUUAGAUAAAUCUACUUCAUUCAUGGGGGUGGCAAGGUUUGACAGUGACAAAGUUUCAUCUGUAUAUUUUGUAGAAUUUCCUAAUUGUUGGUCUCUUGCUGUGGUUACUCUUACAAGUAUUGCCAUUGCACUUCCAAACAUUAAAGAUGACAAAGUGAAGUGGUUGAUUCGAAGUGUGAGUGAAGGCCUCGUGUAUGCCAAACUUGUAGAGAAAUUCUUGAAUGUCAGAAGUGAUAUGGUAAACAUCAGAAAUGCAGCAGACUCAGUGUGGUUAGGAGUUGAUGUUUUCCGCAUGUGGCUAAAUGAAGAUCUCCGAAAAAUUGCACGUGAAGGAAUAAACUCCGCGGAGACACUUAAGAAACUUGCUGACAUUGCUAAAAACAUGAAUGGAGAUCCGAAGGAAGACCCUCUGAAUUGGCCCAUCAAUCUUAUUGCUGCAAAUUCAAUGUACAGAAUCAGCCAAACUGUGCUGCAAGACCAUGAAGACUGGACUCACCAAACUGAUGAGACAGCAAUGACGUCUAUACUGCUUCAAGCUCAUGAAGGCAGCAAUGAGACACUGUUCGAGCAAUUAUCUAUUAUGAUCGCUGAUAUAUUGUGUGCUUGCCUCACCAACUUACCGCGUGUCAUAAAUAUGAAAUUCUUUUGUUGUGGCGUAGAAAAGAGGGAGAACAGUGUCCUGCAUGCUGCUCAACUUAUUGGUGAAAUGGAAGAGAUCUUGAAAAUCCUUCAAGAACGUAAGCUUCCUAGUCUGGACACAGCUGAUAAAUUGGCUUACAUUGAUGAGUGGCGUGAUUACGUGAAGGCAAAUCCCGUGGCUUUCACUUCUUUAAACAAUGAUGGCACAUCUUCUUCUGGCUCUGCCGUUCUGGUGAAGUGUAGAAGGCUUGCAUGAGAAAAAAAAUUGGCAUAUUAUAUUGUAUUUAUAUGUUAUGUACUUGCUUAGGAGUUCCAUAUGUUUAUAUAUUGUAUGAAUUCUCUGUCUUGAUUUUGUAAAAGCUUUUAAUUAACACAGGGUUGUUAAGUGAUAAUAUAGAUAGAUAUAUAUGUAGUAUUCAUAUGGAAAGUUCAGUGUUUACAUAUAGUUUGAAUUGCUGCAGCAUCAUAUAGCAAC